GUAUUAUAAAUUAUAAAUCUAAAUAUAAAUUAUAAAAUUGUAAUUAUAAAGCUUGUUGGAUAAUUGGCUUUUAAUCAUUUGUCUCAUAAAUACGAUUUUUUAAAAAUGAUUUUUUUUGUUUCAAAUUGAAAUGCUAUUGUUAUGUAAAACUAGAUUUCGUGUAAAGAAAAGAAAAAAACUCCCACUUUGGUUUGUUUAUAUCACCAUGGCCUUGGCCCAGUCUAAUUGCUCACAAUCAAAACUUGAACAUCAAGCGUUCUAAUUUUAACCCAUGACAUUCUCAUAUGGGUUAAUUUUUUUCAGCAUUUUAUACAGUAGCGAGCUUAUGAGUCUGAUUCACUACAAGCUUCACUACACAGCAAAUUUUGAGAUACCAAUUACAUUUAUAGCUCCAAAUUUGAAACCCAUGGAUUUAGUAGUUUUCAGAGGAUACUGAUUUGAUGUGAUUUGUAAUAAAUCACAAUGAUCACUUAAUCAAGUGUGUUUUCCUGCUGCUUUACUAAUGCGUCUUAUUUUAUUUACAUCUCAUAAACACUUUUAUCCAAAGCAACAGAAGUGCUUUACUGUUUUAUUGAAAAACAUCAUGUUAAUGCGGAGUCUAAAGAUGCAUAAGAAACUUCUUAAAGCAGAGGUCAGUGCAAAUAGACAGCACAUGUAAAGAAAUUCUGUUAAACAAAGAUGCUUUUAACAUGUUUGCAUGAUAUGACAAGUUUCUAUAUAUCAAAUAAUUGGAUCAGUAUUUAGUGUGAUCACCCUGUUGCAGUUCUCUCAGGUACACUGUCAUGCAGUUUUUUAGAGUUCAGAGUUCCUAGCAUCUUGGAGAAUCUGCUGCAGUUGUUCUGCGGGCUUUGUCUUGCAGAAAGCUCUGAUUAUGUUUUUAUCUGAAGAGUCGUCUAUUACUUAAUAGCCUCCUUUCUUUAACGACAUACAAACAAUUUCUCAGUAAAAUGAAUUUUUGGAAAAUAAAUGUUUGGACAUCUAAAUUUUACCCUUCUCCACUGAAGCUCUUACUAUACAUAAGAUAUAAAAACAAAAAUUUGAGGCAAAAUUUAUCAAAGAAUUAACAGGUGCCUAAGACAUUUACACUUUACUGUACAUUAGUUUACAUUAAAGUAAUUUUUAAGUCAGAUCACUUUUUCUAUAUUUGACAAAGUUCCCUUUUUGUUUUGACAAUCUAAAAAAGUAUCUUCUCCAGAAAAGAAAUGCUGGUUUCUGGCUCAGGCUCUGUAAACAGGAGAAACACUUCAUAAACCUAUCAAUGUCCACCAUGACCACCAACAUCCAACCAAUCAGGUCAAGACAAUGUCUCUAUUUCCCUGUCUAUACAUUAUGUUGGCUGUCAGUUCAUUUACAAUAGCGUUGAGACCUUUGAGCCUUGUUUGGUGCAUGACUUUAGCAUGAACCCUGGACUGAAUCUGUUUGGAUUUAGAGGUUCAAAACAACUAGCAUCAGCUAGCUUCACUGAUUAUAUCUUUAAUACACAUAAGACAUAGAAGACUGUUCAAAUUCUUGUCUCUUCGUAGGGUGUUGGAUUUGACCUUUUCCAUAUGGUAGAGAAUUUAUUUUUGGUAUCACUGUUUUCAAAGCGGACAGCUACAGGAUACCAGUGGAGGGAACAAAGCAGUGGAGAUCCCUUUUUUAGAUAGAAAAAAGUGCCAUAUUUCCAUUAUCAGGAAAUAAAGAAAGAAAUAUAGUGUAGGGUUUGGAGAGCACAUGGAAGUCUUUGUAAGCCCAUGUGGCAGAUAAUCCCUUCUAUCCUUUAUUUCGUCUCGUCAGGAAAGACACACUAACUGUUGACAAGUACUUAGAGGUCAAAUGAGGUUACUUUUGGUGUAGUAAGUUUAUAUGGGGUUAUUGUUUUAGAUUUAGGUGAUUUAUAUACAUUACAGUUAUUAUUAUAUUCUAUUCCCCAACUCGGGUAGUCAUUUCGUGCAGUUUGAUAAAGAUUAAUCUGCUCACGGAGCUUAGUGUAGCCUAAUUGGCUCUCAGUCGUGUUAAUUCUUACUCUGCAGGUUCCAGAGAGUGGGUACAACCAUGAGCUCACAGCAUCUUAAGCACCUUUCUGAUCAAUAUAUUACCACAUUUAGGUGGAGAUUGACAGGAAUGAAGGAUUAGCUAUCUGGAUGGCAGAGAGUGGUGGAAUGAAUGAGCUGAGUAAAUUUGGAUACAGAGGGAUAGAGUUCUCAUUGCAAAGGCAGAGGAGUUCUUCUGUCACUCAUACACACUCUUUUGAUCAUGAGACCUGGAGCAUUUUUCCUUUUGCUGUUUCUGGGGUCAUCAUUUGGGAUGUCCACUUUAAUUCCAGCUGUGGAAGUGAAUGAAAUAACAUCAACGGAAAUGACAACAGAAGUGACAUCAGUGGACCAAGACCAAGGGAGUGGAUUGCUGGAAGAUGAGCUGACAGAAAUAUACUGGUCUGGGACAGCACCUAUUUGUUUGGGAGGAUGCAGGGGACGACACCGGGAGCUCAAGAAGGACAGGUGUGGAGAUUCAAGUUGCUGCUGGCUGGGCUACAAGUCUCUCUGCAGGGUGAACUGUGGUGUGCCAGAUGUGGACUUUAAUGGGGUGGUGAAUGGAGAUGACUGGUGGGUAGGCUCAGUGGUGCGGCACGAAUGCAGGCCGGGAUUCAUGCUGGUUGGAGAACCAACACGCACCUGUCAGUCUAAUGGAAAAUGGACUGCUAAGCCAUCAUGCCUCAGAGUGUGUCGUCAGGGCCGGGUAGAAAUCAGUGAGAGAGACAUUGAUGAAGCGUGCACCUCCACCUGCCCAUCAAAAAAUGUAGUGUCCAUUAAACAUGGCUGUAGUUUCAUCGACCACUGCAGGAUCAAAGAGUCAGGCUGGAAACGCUGGUUUACACGCUGCACACACUGCGAGUGUGAUUGCUUCAUGCCCUGUGCAUCAGCAGGAUAGGGGACAUCCUUCUGUCCCUUCACUUUCAGUUUGACUUCAUCCUGUGAGUGAUAAAUACAUCCACACCAAGCACUGAAACAGAACUCCAAGUGAUCUAUAUAUGAUGACUACACAACAAACCUUUAAACAAACCUUUCUAACCUUUGAAAGAGACAAUCAAAACUGGACCAAAAAAUGCCACCAGGAUGCACGCUAUAUAUAUAUAUAUAUAUAUAUAUAUAUAUAUAUAUAUAUAUAUAUAUGUAUAUAUAUACAGUACAUGUAAACUCAAAGCCAUUUUGAGACUCUGAGAUCUUAGACAUUUUCAUAAAACAGCAGAAUAAGUUCAUAUAAAAGUAGGGUAUGCAAAUCUGGCACUAUACUGCCUUCCAAAAUAACCUCUAAUGUAUAAUUCCGUCUUCGGUCUUUGGGUCGCACCUUCUACCCGAAUGACACCAAGCUAUAUGCUGAGACGGAAAAUAGAUAGCCUUAAGGUAGCUGCUACUUUUUUUUUAUUUUAAGAUAUGUAACAUAAUUUUGUCAAUUUUUUAUAGCUAACAGUAAUUCAUGUAUUGUCUACAAAAGGCUACUCAACAAUUCAAUGCAGUUUGGGUGAUUAUGGGUAUGCAUUAUGUCCAACUAUUGCUUUAAAACCUGGUCCCUCCAUCUGGCAAGGAUUAAUCUUACUGACCUGGCCUUAACUUGCUAUGGAGUUGAACUCUUAAUCAUGGUACUUACAUAACAGGUCUGUUCUAUUUCCCCCUUACAAUAUUGUGGUCAGGGUUGCACCCUGUUUAAACCUCUCUUUAAUUUUUUUUUUUUUACAAAUUUGUUAAAGUUUUUAAAAAUCAGGAGCAAUGUUAUAGUUCAGGAUGAUAAUACUAAUGCUAAUUUUUUAUCGUAUAUUUUUUGGUGGUUGUGUGGGGAAGGAGGUAGGGGUUGGUGGUGUUAAAUUGGAAUGGUAGGACACAACAAACAAUGUAAGUUCUGUAUAGAUAAAUUUUUCCUUCUUUCCUAAAUGCAUGCACGCACAUACAGUACUGUGCAAAAGUCUUAGGCACCCUAUUUUCUUUUUAGUACGAACUUUAUUAUAGAUUUUUAUUUUAUGACUUCUGCAUUAUUGAUUCAGUACAAAAACCUUUUAGAUUCCAAACAUUAGUUUUCCAGCACUAAAUGAAAUGUUACAGAAAAAUGUUUGUAUGUCAGUAAGAAAGCUGCAUAUUACAUAAGAGACACUUUUCAGACAAAAAACAUAAUGAAGGCUGCUGGGUUUUGCUGCAGAAAUAACAAGCAAGUGUGACAGUCAAAGUCUCCAGAAGAACUGCGGCUGCUUCUGCAAGAUGCUCAGUAAAACAUUUCCUUAUAAAACUGCACACAUUGCACCUGAGACUACUAUUUUUUUUUAAGCGAAUCAUCGUCACACCAAAUAUUGACUUUGUUUCAUUUCUUACUGUUUACUUCACUUUACAGUAUUUUUUAAAUGUAGAAACAUUUAAUUUCAUUAUUUUUGAAGGCGUCUUUGCUCUACAGCAUUUCUCUGCUCAUGUGCCUAAGCCUUUUGCACAGUACUGUAUACACCCUCCACAUAAAUUAUAACAACAUACAUAUACUGUACAUAUGCAACAUACAAUAUAAAUACACAAGCCAUGUUAUAUUUAACUCUUACAGACACAGUAAGGAUUCAUCAUAGUGUUGGGUGUAUUUUGCAAAAAUGUCUGAAAUAAUAUUUCUUGCCAAUUCCCAGUUGCUAAAACAAAUUCCCAGUUAAGCAGUAAAAUAGAAGCAGAGCCUAAAGAAAGUCUUGUGAGCAUUACACUUUGUAUUCUCCAGUCUCUUUUCACAUAUUAAUCCUAACAGUCCAGUCUUUUACAGUGCAGUGGUAGUUGAGGAGCCAUCAUUACUCACCUACAGUCUCUAAUUAACAUAUUAAGCUCUGGUUAACACUUUCUUUUAACCACACAUGUCUUCACUUCCUGUUUUUUUAAGCCUUUAUUUUAUCCCCUUUGUAUAAAUCAAAGUCCAAACCCCUGACACUGACUGAGGAGUAGUUGUGACACUAGGAUGACCACUAGGAUGGCCUCUGUGCGACAUGAGAUAUAAACUGUCAAAUAAAUGGUUGAUAUGGGCUUCUGUGGUUGUUUUUUCUUUUCUGUCUUUCUUUCUAUCAAGAAUUAUUGCACUCUUGCACUACCUGAAACAGUCAUGCAGAACAUAUUAGGAUAUAUUCAACAGAAUGUAAUAAAUUACCACUAUUAUUUAUUAAUUUAACCUGUUUAAUGCAAGGUUUUUAAGGAAAGCUCUAAAGUAUUUAGACCCUUUCUUUCUAUGAAAUAAGCUAUAAACUAAAUUGUAUAUGGUCCUGUUAUGAAUAUUUUCAUGUGGGUGGUGUAAUUGGUCACAAGAACAAAGCCAGAAAGAAGAUAUAAUUUUUUAAAUGUUUUAUCAUCAUGCAAUUAUUUUAUCCUACAAUUAUAGCAAUUGUUAUUGGGUUAACACAGUGGCUUAUUGUUUAUACAUUAUUGGCUAUUGAUAAUCCCUGUUGCACAAAUUAUAAUUACUUUUAUACCCAAAAGUAAAAUGAUACUAUGUGAAAAUUCUGUUUAAGCUUUGCUUUGCUGUUAUUUGUUUGUACAUUAAGGAAAAUUGUAUUGUUUAAAUGAUUGGGUCUGGUUGAUCGACUAAUGCAAAUUGUAGUUUCCCAAAGGCACAACUGUGACCGAGAAUAAAACCUAAAAU